AUGUCGGCCUCUACGCCGCCGACACGCUCGGAGGUCAGUGCGCCAAAGAGCACGGACGAACAAUGGAGCUGCCAUUGGCCACUGGCUGUGUUGAACGGUGAACCCGGGCCCCUACUCGGUGCAACAGCUACCACUGACUCGCACCUGCCUUGACGCAUUCGUCCCUUUGGCCUGCAGAUGGGAACUGCCUCUUCCGCGCCCUGUCGGACCAAUUGUACGCCUGCUUCGAGCAUCAUUUGCAGCUGCGCCAAAAGGUCAGUCGUCCCUCCGGCGAUGGUGCAUCGUGAGCACUCGAGUCGGACAGCGACGGCCGAGCGAGCUCCGAACUACGGACUGACGAAUGCGGGACCGCAUAUUACCUCACCUGUUUCUGUGCUCUCACGUACGGCAGAUAUGCGACUAUCUUGUGGUGCACGCAGAGCGUUUUCGCCUCUUCGUGGACGAGGAUGAGGGUGGUGGCUUCGAGGGUCACGUGACAAGCAUGCGAUCCGCCGGUGAGCCCCACAUCCCCCCCCCCCUCCCUCCCCCCCCACUCCCCCCAAGCUUCCGCUGACCUUGCACAUCACACAUACCUUGGAUCGUACCAAUAGGUACAUAUGGUACCAACCUCGAGCUUUCCGCUUUUGCGAGUCUUUAUCGGCGACCUGUGAGAGUGUUUCAGCCGGGCCUCGUAUUCGUCAUCUCUUGCGGAGAGCCGGAUGAAAAGCGGGCAAAAGACACCAGUCAUCAGACUUCAGCCGAUCCAACACGCAGCGAUUCGGCUCUUGAUUCUUCGCUCAACCAUUCUCGCAGCGUAGCUCGUCAUUCGGCGGCAUCGGCAGACGACAAAGCAUCAUCGAGCCCUGCCGCGACCCUCCCAAGCUCGCGCAGAACGCGCCACAAGGCCGACACACAAAGCCAACAGGUUCCGGGGCAAUGCAGCAAUGUUUGCUCAAGGUGGGGUUUCCCCCAGCGACGCCCAAUGUCCCAGCCGAUCGAAGCUGUCAAUGUUGCGUGAGUGAAUUCUGUCUCCGUACGCCGGGCGCGGCGUUGCGUUCUGCCUGACUCGCAAGGACACGAGACAGAUACCACAGCUACGAACACUACUCGUCUCCGCGUCCGGUUACCACAAGCCUCGAAUCUCGUUCUUUGAAUGUCCGUUCGUUCUAUAUGUUCAUUUCUCGCACCUUGCUUUCCAUCGAUCUCUGA